UGCACCAGCACUAGAUGGACAGAUUUGGAUAUCCAGGCUGAUUUCUUUUUUUUUUCCCAUUCUCCACAACUUUAUUCAACUUGAAGCCACUGAAGUCUUACUUUCACGAUUAUGUUGAGAGUGACAGCACAUCGUUCCUUUGUGGUGCUUGUGACUUUUGCAAAACUGCUUCCAUUCUGUCGGACAGUGAUUGUUUUCACUGUUGUUUUUCAUCCGUUGGUGUGUGGCUAAGUUUCACCCUCCCAGGACAGAUGUUCACGCAGCUGCCGCAUCAUUACUACCCCGCAUGCCAGUGACUCACCUCCGCAUGCUGCACGGUGUGCGUCGUAAACAGAGCCUCUGUUUUGUUUAGGGAGCGCUGCUGCUGAUGUGUCCUCUUUGGCGUUCUAAGGAUGUUUGUUUUUUUACUUUGCAAAACGUAAACCCAUGAACAUAAACAGAUAUCCGGAUAUUACUUGUCUUUUUCCUCUCUGAUUUUUUUGGAAAACAGAUGUCUGUGCUUUGUUUUUUCUUUUCCUUUUGCAUCUCUUUUGAUUGGAAUACACCUGACUUUACCUGGUGCACACAGAUGUUAUUGCAAACUGUUUUGUAGGUGGCACAACUAAGGAUGUUUGUUUCAAGCGAAGAAAAACUUUUUGAUUGUAUUGAAAUAUAUGUUUUGGUAUUCUGGAGAGGACUAUUUGUUCCCUGUAGGAUCUCAGACUCAGGGUAAGAUCUCAAGGAUUUUGGUUUUACGCACAGCAGCCAAUCUUUGCCAGUACGAGUAAAACACCUAUGAUGGGAGUCAAAACGAGUGCCGAGGGGCUUAAAGAGUCCCAGACCUGGAGUGUCUCUAGCAGCAAGGGCCAGGUACGGCCCCGUGAAUAACCGCACGGCAUCAGCAUGCCCCCUUGGCCAAAUCAGUCGCAGUGCAUCUCCCAAAACUGCAGCUGGGAGACUCUCAACUCAACAGGGGACACUGACCCCGGUCUGCCUCCUCUGAACUACUACACCAUCCCUCUUCUCACGGCCAUCACCAUCGCGUGCACAUUGCUCUUUCUGGUCGGGGUGGCAGGGAAUGUCAUGACUAUUUUGGUGGUGAGUAAGUACCGGGACAUGCGCACUACCACCAACCUGUACUUGUGCAGCAUGGCCGUGUCAGACCUGCUCAUCUUCCUCUGCAUGCCCCUGGACUUGUACCGGAUGUGGAGGUACAGACCCUGGCGCUUCGGGGACGCGCUCUGCAAACUCUUUCAGUUCGUGUCAGAGUCGUGCACCUACUCCACCAUCCUGAGCAUCACCGCUCUGUCUGUGGAGCGCUACCUGGCGAUCUGUUUCCCGCUGCGCGCUAAGGCCGUGGUGACCAAAAGGCGAGUGCGCGGACUCAUUCUCCUGCUGUGGACAGUGUCUCUGCUCAGUGCGGGGCCCGUGUUUGUUAUGGUGGGAGUGGAACGUGACAGCUCUGGGAUGAAUGAGACGGUUUACUCCCUGGAGGAGGUGGACACUCGCGAGUGCAAGAUGACGCAUUACGCGGUGGAGUCGGGUCUGAUGGGGGCUAUGGUGUGGUUGAGCUCGGUUUUCUUCUUCAUGCCGGUGUUCUGCCUCACGGUGCUCUACAGCCUCAUUGGCCGCCGGCUGUGGCAGAGACACAGGGAGACAAACAUAAACUCCCGCGUGGCACACCGGGACAAAAGCAACAGACAGACCAUCAAGAUGCUGGUGGUGGUGGUUUUGGCUUUUGUCCUCUGCUGGUUGCCGUUCCACGUGGGUCGUUACCUGCAGUUUCGCUCUCUGGACGACCCGUCUCCACUGCUGUCCGUGUUGUCCGAGUACUGCAGUUUUGUAUCUGUGGUCCUCUUCUACCUGAGUGCCGCCAUCAAUCCCAUCCUCUACAACACAAUGUCGUGGAAGUACAGGGGCGCAGCGGCGCGUCUCUUCGGCCUCGCAGACAGCCAGCCUCCGCGAGGACGCACAGCCAGCACCCUGAAGGGAGACGGCCUGAACGGCUGGACGGAAUCAACAGUCAGCUUUUGAACGUCAAAGCAUCAGAAAUACUCGGCAGCAGCUUUUAGAAAGUGUACAACACAUCAGGCAUAAAAACAACUAUCUGCCAGGCCGGGGAAAAAAAGGUUCUACCUGGCCUGCACGCCAGGUACUUGCAAUGUUUGACGGGACAAAGGAACAGUAAAAAAAAUUUAAAAAAAACGCCAGCAAGAAAAGGUUGCAAGCCUCUAAUGUCCUCGUGCAUCAAUUUAACUUCGAUUUCCUUUUCUUAAAUCUUUCUUGUUGGAUUAUUUCAGCAAG